GGCGGCGGGAGGGCGGGAGCAGGGGCGAGGCCAGCCGGACCCGCUCGGGGCGGCUCUGCGGGCGGCGAAGGAGGGAGCCAGCGCGCCCAGCCCAGCCAGGCUCGGACAGAGGGGGCGGGGAGAGGGUGGAGCGCGGGGAGCCAGGCGAGGGGCCGCGACGACGGGACUCCAUUAGCCACUCCGGCCGCAGGCAGCGCUUCGCCCUUCGAGGAGCAGGACACGGACACCGCCGCCCCGCGAGCCUCCAGCCCCUCGCCUGUUGCCGCGCGAGCCCCGGGCCCGGAGCGCGAGGAGCGCGCGGAAGGAGCCAUGGCUCUGGACGGGAUAAGGAUGCCAGAUGGCUGCUACGCGGACGGGACGUGGGAACUGAGUGUCCAUGUGACGGACCUGAACCGCGAUGUCACCCUGAGAGUGACCGGCGAGGUGCACAUUGGAGGGGUGAUGCUUAAGCUGGUGGAGAAACUCGAUGUAAAAAAAGAUUGGUCUGACCAUGCUCUCUGGUGGGAAAAGAAGAGAACUUGGCUUCUGAAGACACAUUGGACCUUAGAUAAGUAUGGUAUUCAGGCAGAUGCUAAGCUUCAGUUCACCCCUCAGCACAAACUGCUCCGCCUGCAGCUUCCCAACAUGAAGUAUGUGAAGGUGAAAGUGAAUUUCUCUGAUAGAGUCUUCAAAGCUGUUUCUGACAUCUGUAAGACUUUUAAUAUCAGACACCCGGAAGAACUUUCUCUCUUAAAGAAACCCAGAGAUCCAACAAAGAAAAAAAAGAAGAAGCUAGAUGACCAGUCUGAAGAUGAGGCACUUGAAUUAGAGGGGCCUCUUAUCACUCCUGGGUCAGGCACUGAUGUUCUUUACAUUGGCCCUCUGAAAGGAAGUAUAUAUUCAAGCCCAGGACUGUAUAGUAAAACAAUGACCCCCACUUACGAUGCUCAUGAUGGAAGCCCUUUGUCACCAACUUCUGCUUGGUUUGGUGACAGUGCUUUGUCAGAAGGCAAUCCUGGUAUACUUGCUGUCAGUCAACCAAUCACGUCACCGGAAAUCUUGGCAAAAAUGUUCAAACCUCAAGCUCUUCUUGAUAAAGCAAAAAUCAACCAAGGAUGGCUUGAUUCCUCAAGAUCUCUCAUGGAACAAGAUGUGAAGGAAAAUGAGGCCUUACUGCUCCGAUUCAAGUAUUACAGCUUUUUUGAUUUGAAUCCAAAGUAUGAUGCAAUCAGAAUCAAUCAGCUUUACGAGCAGGCCAAAUGGGCCAUUCUCCUGGAAGAAAUUGAAUGCACAGAAGAAGAAAUGAUGAUGUUUGCAGCCCUGCAGGUAGUUGAAAGGUCUAGGAAAUGGGACCUAUUCGGGUAA